AUGAUCGCUUGUACAAGUCUAACCCACAAAUCUCUCUUCUUUCCCUUUCACUCUAUAAGACUGGAAAACAAGGUGGCAAUCGUAACAGGCGGCGCGAGUGGGAUCGGAGCCAGUGCAGUGCGUCUCUUCCAUGAGAGCGGCGCGUGGUUGAUCAUUGCCGACAUUCAAGAUGAUGCAGGGCGAUCCCUAGCUGCCAAGCUAGGCGAAAGGGCCAACUACAUCCGCUGCAACGUCACUGACGAGGAAGACGUCCGCAACCUCGUGGACACCACCAUGGCCAAACACGGAAAGCUCGACAUAAUGUACAGCAACGCGGGCGUCUUGGACAGUCUUCCUGUCCGGAGCAUUUUGGACACAACCAAGAGCGACCUAGACAAACUCUUUGGGGUGAAUGUGUACGGCGCUUUCCUAGGAGCCAAGCAUGCCGCGAGGGUCAUGAUCCCACGGCGCGAGGGUUGCAUACUCUUCACCGGCAGUGCUUGCACGUCCAUCGCCGGCCUCGGGACCCAUACGUACGCCGCUUCAAAGUAUGCUGUUUUGGGUCUAGUGAGGAACCUAGCCGCGGAGCUCGGGGAACACGGAAUAAGGGUCAAUUGCGUGUCGCCUUACGCAGUCGUGAGGACCGGGAUCAUGGGGACGAGGGAGAGGGAUGAAGCUGAAUUGGUGAAAGCAGAGAAAUGGACGAGCGAAUUGGGCAACUUGAAGGGUCAGACUCUGAGUCCCGAGAGCGUUGCCCGAGCAGCUCUUUACUUGGCCAGUGAUGAGGCCAAUUACGUGAGCGGCCAGAACUUGGUGGUGGACGGCGGCUACAGUGUGGUCAAUCCCACUAUGGAGAAAGCUCUUAGAGCAACCUUCCUCGCAUGAACGAAGUUAAAUCCACUCUUGCCAUG